UCCAGCAGGAGCCUGGGUAAGCCUGGGAGCCAGACCCCAGAUGAGGCAGGCCGCCUCGGGAACCCCUCCGUCACAGACCUGGCCAACUCUGUCACCACCAGCGACAUUCACAUGGUAAGAAAACCUGCUCCCUCCCUCCCUGUCUGUGUUAAUGAUUGUUCAUCUGUACUCCUCUCUGCAUGUCUAUGGGUUUACCCACCGCCACCCACUUGUAGCAGAAUUUAGAUUUGCAAGAUGUCUUAAAUGACAAACAUGCUAAUUAUGUGACAUUUCCCAACCCAGCUUGGCUAUCACAAAGGAGAAACUCAAUAGAAUAUGCGUUAUUCAGCAAAAGCUGGUAAUUACGCUGAGAACCCAGUGCUGUGAGUGGUGGGUGGACAGGGCGGGGGUGGGGGAUGGGUCCCUGUGUUAUUAUGUGGGUUGCAUGUCUGCGUUAUGGAGGUCCCAGUGAUGCUUAAUGAUGAUACUUUCACUUUGAGUGGGAGCCAACAGGGCUUGUCUGUGGGAUCAGACCCGCAGUUCUCCCAGUCUCUUUCCAUCUCUGGUCUCUCACUAUGUGGGUCGAAGUCUUUUACUAGGCCUAGUUAAUAACUAUAACUUUUUUAAAUCACUGAGGCACUGUUUUAUUUUUUAUUUUGGGGUCAUUGUGAUACUACCUAUGCAGGAGUUUAGGAGUUUUGUCUGCGUUUACAAAAGUGAGUGUGUUUGCAUAAUCCCGGUACACAGAAUCAAAUCUUGCGUGCGCUGGCCAGCUACGCCAGUCUGUCACAAGAGAUUGGUGUUUGUGCAUAUUAUGUUAAUAAUAUGUUUAUUUUAGUGUUCUGACACUCACAUGGUCUGGGGGUGGAGAGAUGUGUAUAGUGUAGGUGGGCUCAGAAUGUGGCUGUAUUUUGUGUAGGUGGAGGUUCUGUAUCUAUGUGGGUUAUGUGGGUUUCAGGCGAAGAGAUUGGGCAACAAGUACGUGAGAAUAAAAAAGAACGAAAAAUAGAUUGACCCUGAAACAUUUUGACAACUGUAGGUGGGACAGAUUUCAGGAGAGAGCUGUCUCAAAAAUGGUGUGUGCGUGCAUGUGUGUAUGUCUGUGUGCGCAUGUGUGUGUUUAUGAAAGACAGACAGACAUCAGACACCAAGAGAGUGAAGGAGGAGAGGUGAUCAGAUUUAGAACGGAGAGGCAUAGCGACAGCGAGAUGUGUGGGAAAGAAUACAGAAUGUGAGAUUAAAUUCCAGGAACUGCACCUUGGGCCAAGCCUCUGGUCCCUCUCUAUCAGAUAGCAGCCUUUUAACUGGAUUUCCUUCCCUCCCUCGGGGCCCAGCUCCAGUUAGGCAGGGGGUCUCUCUACUCACAGAAUAUCUCCUGCCUCUCAUCUCCAGAUAUGCCUUCUCCUCCAUCGCUCCCUCCCUUAUCGCUUAGUAAAGCCCAGACAUAUGACAUAACAUUAUCUGAACAUUAGGCUAGCAUGAUGGCGGCAUUGCACGUGAGUUCCAGUGCAGUUUGACUGCCCCCUUGUGGAUGAGGAACAAAGCUCCUUGUUCACCUUGGGUGUCCAUGUCCCUGAGCGUGUUUCAUCUGUGUGUUCCAUGCUGGGAAAGGGUGGGGGUAGUGGGAUGAGGGUUGUUGAGUGUACAUAGGGAGAAUCUCAAUUGCAUACUCCUCGUGUCCUCUCUCCUUUCUCCUCGCCUCCUUCUCAAAACCCAUUGGAUGAGAGUGCCAGAGGUCCCUCCCCUCUGACCUUCUCCUCCAAUGGGUUUUGAGAAGGAGUCGAGGAGAGAGGACGCGAGGAGUAUGCAAUUGCGACUCUACCAUCGUCUUUGCUGGAUAAAUAUUAGAGUUCUCUGCUGCUGUUCUCUCCCAGCUCUCUCCAGGCUCAGAAGAGGACACAGAAGGGCCUGUGGUUGAGAAGUUGGGCCGGAUCCAGUUCAGUGUGGGCUACAGCUUUCAAGACUCCACCCUGACCGUCAAGAUCCUCACGGGCCAGGAGCUUCCCGCCAAGGACUUCUCUGGCACCUCAGACCCCUUCGUCAAACUCUAUCUGCUGCCUGACAAGAAGCACAAGCUGGAAACCAAGGUCAAGAGGAAGAACCUCAACCCUCGCUGGAACGAGACCUUCCUGUUUGAAGGUCAGACUGUGAAAUCACCCUGCACACAGAGGAUGCGUACCUAAUGGCGCCCAAUUCCAUAUAUAGUGCACUACUUUUGUCCACAGCCCUAUGGGCCCUGGUCAAAAGUAGUGCACUACAUAGGGAAUAGGAUGCCAUUUGGGAAUACAGAUACUCUAGCUACAGUACAACUAAUGCACAUUAUAAAAAAACACGCAUCUGGUCUUAGAACAAUACACAUAACUAGACUUAUGGCUAUUGGUUAUCCUGUAUAAAGUCUUAAAGAGUACUCCCUAAACCUCUGUCCAACACAUAUUAGGCUCUUAUCUGUCUGUGUGUGUAUCUGUCUGUUCCUCCCAGGGUUCCCCUAUGAGAAGGUUAUCCAGAGGACCCUCUAUAUGCAGGUGCUGGAUUACGAUCGCUUCAGCAGGAACGACCCCAUCGGGGAGGUGUCCAUCCCCCUUAACAAGGUGGACCUGGGCAACCAGCAGACCUACUGGAAGGAGCUGAAGCCCUGCAGCGACGGCAGCGUGAGUAGAGUACACACACAGACAAGGACAGUCACAGAGGGACAGCGGAGGAGGGGAGAUGAGAGGGGAGGGGAGGAGAGAGGGAACAAGGAGAAGGAGGGAUGACAGGGAGAGAGAAGGGGAGAGAGGAGGGGAGGAGAGAGCGCGAACAGGGGAGGGGAUAGAGGAGAUGGAGGGAGAGAGGGUUGGUGAGUGGUUAUGUCAUAAUGGCUGAUGUCAUUGUGUUUCUCAGGGGAGUCGAGGAGACCUGCUGGUGUCACUGUGCUACAACCCCCAAGCCAACACCAUCACUGUGACAAUCAUCAAAGCCCGCAACCUCAAAGCCAUGGACAUCGGAGGCACCUCCGGUACAGGACAUACAGUACUCUGUCAUCACCUAUUUCCUGUGCUACAGCCUGUUGUCUACCUUAACAUGUGUCAAUGUGGUUUCAGUAUCUCUCUAUCCAUACAGCGUCCCAAAUGACAGCCUAUGCUCUAGAUAGUGCACUACUUUUUAUGGGCCCUGGUCAAAAUAAGUGCACUAUAUAGGGAUUAGGGUUCCAUUUGGAAUGCAGGCUGUGUUUAAGUGAAGUCUCCCACAUCAGAUCCCUAUGUGAAGCUGUGGCUGAUGCACAAGGACAAGCGUGUGGAGAAGAAGAAGACGGUGACAAUGAAGCGCUGUCUGAACCCCGUGUUCAACGAGUCCUUCCCCUUCGACGUCCCUGCCCACGUGCUCCGAGAGACCACCAUCAUCAUCACCGUCAUGGACAAGGACAAGCUCAGUCGCAACGAUGUCAUCGGCAAGGUACCGCCCCCUCGUAAUGCCCAGACCACCACCCACAUACAUCACCAGUCCACACUGACCCCUGCUGGCACAUACUGAGACACACACACAUGCACACGCACACCACACAAUACACCCUGCUCUUACACACACUAACACAAAGACACAUUAACAGUCACUGUCUCAAGAUUGCUCUUACAUACUGACACAGUGAGAUUGAUAUCCAUUGAUUCUGUGGCUUGUUUGUGGCACACAGAGGCACUAUCCCAUUGAUUUUCUGACACACUGAAACCCUGAUACAGGCUUCCUUACUAUGGAUCCAGUGUCUGAUAGUGACCCCUAAGUAAUCCAAACACGCCUCAUCACCGGCUCUGGCCCUUUCACCCACAGUCUAAUCACCAUCAGUACAACACAGCUGUGGCUUGCUUGGGAGCCUCCAUCUCUCUAUCUUAACAUAAAUCUAGUUCUCAAACAAAUAUUUUCCCCUGGUUCCCCUGCUCUGAAAAGUGCUGCGAGUAAAACAGCUGUUUCAUCCUAAUGACUCUCCUCAGCUCCCGAUAUGAGUUAAAUUCAGAUUAGGGUGAUUGGCUAGCUUUAUGGUGACAGCAGGGACACUCCAGACUGUAGAGAGUUUAGUUUACCUCUCGCUGUUUUGCCAUGUUUGAGUAUGAGUAAUAUCAAAUCAAAUCAAAUCAAAUUUUAUUGGUCACAUGUGCCGAAUACAACAGGUGCAGACAUUAAGUAAAAUAAAGUAACAGUAGGGAGGCUAUAUAUACAGGGGGAUACCGUUGCAGAGUCAAUGUGCGGGGGCACCGGCUAGUUGAGGUAGUUGAGGUAAUAUGUACAUGUGGGUAGAGUUAAAGUGAAUAUGCAUAAAUAAUUAACAGAGUAGCAGCAGCAUAAAAAGGAUGGGGUGGGGGGGCAGUGCAAAUAGUCCGGGUAGCCAUGAUUAGCUGUUCAGGAGUCUUAUGGCUUGGGGGUAGAAUCUGUUGAGAAGUCUUUUGGACCUAGACUUGGCACUCCGGUACCGCUUGCCGUGCGGUAGCAGAGAGAACAGUCUAUGACUAGGGUGGCUGGAGUCUUUGACAAUUUUGAGGGCCUUCCUCUGACACCGCCUGGUAUAGAGGUCCUGGAUGGCAGGAAGCUUGGCCCCAGUGAUGUACUGGGCCGUACGCACUACCCUCUGUAGUGCCUUGCGGUCGGAGGCCAAGCAGUUGCCAUACCAUGACAUCAGAUAUCCUGCUUACAUCAUCCAUCUCACCCCCCUCGCUCUCUUUCACUCCAUCUCUCUCUCCCCCUGCCCUCCUCCCCUCUCCCCUUCUCUUUCUCUCUCUUUCUUCCCACCCCCUCUCUUUUCCUCUCUCUCUCUCUCUCUCUCUCUCUCAGAUCUAUCUCUCGUGGAAGAGUGGUCCGGCGGAGGUGAAGCACUGGAAGGACAUGAUGGGUAAACCUCGUAAUGCCGUGCAGCAGUGGCAUGCCCUCAAGGCCUGAUACUGUAGGUCCAGCGACAUCCACCCAGACCAUCCCACCCAGCCCCCUGCCCUCCCACCC